AGAGCCGGAAGAAGUUGUGCCAAGCGCGUGCUUCUCCAGGUUUUUAUCAGUCGGAAUUAGAGUGUUUAGACUUUGACCUAUUACGAGCUAGGAGAAACGGCCCCUUAGCACAUUCUAUCCCGGCUCUGUCAUGUGACCUGGACCGACUCAUAAUGUAUAGAUGCAGAGAUAGCUGCUGAAGGUCCCUCGCCCAUAGUCAACAUGGCAAGUGCGCGGGAGGCAGAGUCUGAAAAUGACUCUGAUGGGGAAGCCUCAGAAGACAUAGAAAGACAAGCCAUGGAUUAUGUGUCAAGGGUUCUCAGUACUGUGACCCUACAAGAUAAAGCCAGCCGGCCGCCACACUCUCUACCUACGGGAGCUCAGGAGGAGGACAUUCAGUAUGGCAGCCUGGACAUGAAGAAAUCUCCAGUAUCGGGGGAAGAUGGAGACGUGACGUCACUGCUGUUACUUCUUCCCCUUGAGCUCAUCUUGUACAUUCUGUCCUAUCUGGAUGCACGCUUUAUCCUCAGUGUGCUGCCAUUGGUGUGCCGCACCUUCAGAGACAUCGUGUCACAAGAGAUGACAUGGAGGGUGAGGGUUCAGAAAAAAGUCAGCACUAAUUUUCCGGUGGUGGAACAACAGAACUUUGAUUGGCCGUCGGCCUGUAUAGAGUUGGAGGAGCAGCUCUCUCAUUGGUCAGAUAAUGGGAAGGCAGAAUGUUUCUCAUUGGCUGACGGUCAUUACGCCUCUGUAGAUGCGGUUCUCCUAUUACAGGGAGGAUCUUUAUGCCUUUCUGGGUCACGAGAUAGAAAUGUCUGCCUGUGGAAUCUAAGAAACCUGGGAAAAGAGAAAGAGAAAGUUCUAGUGAAGCCCUUGGGGAAAGACAAGACUGGGACCCAUAAGGGCUGGGCCUGGUCACUUGCUGCCUGUGAGAAUCGUGUGUGCUCGGGGUCCUGGGACAGCACCAUGAAGAUCUGGGAUAUCGGAGCAGAAGGUCAGAUGGUGCAGGAUAUUCGGGGGCGAGCUGCAAUCCUUUGCCUGGCCUAUCUACCGGACAUCUUGGUAGCGGGAUCCUACGACAAGAGAGUGAGUGUGUAUGAUCCAAGAGCUUCUACACCUUUGAUAAAGUCCCGCAAGAUACAUUCCAGUCCAGUCUUAUGCCUUGUGGCUGACGACCGUCACAUCGUAUCUGGAAGCGAGGACAGGACCUUGGUUGUGUUCGACCGCAGGGUUAAUGCAGUUUUACAGAGAAUACAGCUGGAAAACUACCUCUUCUGCAUGUCCUAUGAAGCUCCACAGCUAUGGGCUGGAGACAACCAAGGCCUUAUCUACGUAUACGGGAGCCACGGAGGGACAUUCCAGCAGCUGCGGUGUUUUGAUGUAGGACAUGCAUCCCAAGUGACUGGUAUCUGGCAUUCGGCAGGUGCCCUCUACACCACAUCCACAGAUAAAACCAUGAAGGUUCACAUUCCUACUGAUCCGCCUAGGACGCUCAGCACACACACGCACAACACUGUAGUCAACGGGGUCAGUGUAGCUGGGCGAACAGUGGCUGCAGCCUCCGGUGGACAGGCGGUGGAGAUAUGGAGAUUUCCUGAGUAAGACUCAUCAGCACUUUACAUAUGUCACUACUCUGCCUUGUAACAGAAACAAAAAUAUUGAAUAACAUGAAAUGACCAGCAUCGAAACCAUUAAAUGUGUCCAUGGUGCAAGGCUGGUGUCUCUGGUGCUUCUCCUUCUAUAGGUUUUUUUUUUCUCUCUUGGGUUUUCCUGCAUGAACCUUAGAUAAAGCAGCAAAGUAAAUCAAGGAGAUGUUGUCUCUUGGAAUUGUUAAAAUAAUUCCCCCCUUAAGUAGUGGGUCAUGCCAUCACAUACAUCCCAAUAAAGACAGGGGGGUGUCUUGGUGCCGAUUUGUUCUACACCCUCUUUUCACGACCUUUGGGCUACUUCUAUGACAGUGUUUCCCAAGC